CUAUAUUUCUUUAGUACAGAGAACAUUUUUAAAAUCUUUGGACAACUAAGACAUGCCAAUACUUAUACAAUUUGAAAUCGAUAUUUUUAAUUUCGUGAAUCCGUUAAUAUGUCAAAUCUGGAUAUCUCAAAUAUUGUUGACAAUCUUUUUCGUAUUUACCGAUUUUUUCCAUUUAAAAAUUAUUUGUACGAUGUUGCUCCAUUAUAUAAUACUUUUUUCUUUUACAUAAUUCAACAUGAUAUACAAAGAUUAACAAGUAGAUCACACAUCAUUCGUAUAUCAUUUUUUUUUUAACUCGGGUACACACAUUUACGUUCUAUUUCUUUUUAAGAGAAUACGGUAAAUUUUGUGAAGCAUUCUUUUUUGUGUAGUAUUCAUUCAUUUUCUAUUCUUGCGUUUUAUAAAACCAUUUUUUCCUUUUUUUUCGAAGUUUGAAUUAAUCACUUAUAAUAAAAAAUUCAUCCUUAUAUGCAGCGAUCCUUUCUUUUUAAAUAUAACUAUUAUUUACUGCGGUUAGAGAACAUGCUCUUAU